AUGAGCCGGCCUAAUUUGCUCAGGGACAACCUUGGGACCAUUGAGAAACUCCGAGACGCGCUUGACGCCGUACUCGAGCAGUGGUGUGCCUUGAUUGAUGUUACCAGAGAGCCGGACAACGAUGAUAGCCUGGUCAUUCACACCUGGGAUGCGGAACUUGGCCAACUGCAGGCAGAAGCCGAUAAUGUUCUGGAGACAGGUGACAAUAGUUUCGACUCUGAUGAAAUGAGGAGAACCAUGGUGAAUAUCAUGACUCUUGUAGGAGGCAUGAGAACCCUUCUGAAGCAUGUUUAUGAUCAAGGCGAGAAGCGCGUCAAUGACCCGCUGCUCGCAUGUGAUCGUAAAGAUGUUGCCACACUUGCGCGAGGCAUGAGGGAGGAGGAGCUUGCUACAACCAUUACGAUGUGGCAGUCAGCACUUGAUGAAUCUCACAAGAAACCUUCGUUGACUUAUAUGGACGAGGAAGCUGAAACCAUUAAGCAAGGAGACCGAAUCGAAAUGCUUGACGAUGUCUACAACAAACGCUUCGGGAUGUCCCUGCGAACGUCACUGCAGUCCAGCAGCGGCAACAGAAAUCGACAUGACGACUUGGACUUUGAACAAAGUAUCAUGGCUCCUGAUGAAGAUAACGCAGACGUUGAAGGAUUUCAAGGCGAAGAAGAUCCAGCUGAGUCCGGCAAUGACAACGAGAGCCCAUCCUACGACCAUGGAAAUUGCAAGAUAGCAGAAUAUGAAACUCACAACAAUGAGCAGCAGGAUUCUCAUGAUGAACUCCUGCCUCCACAGGAAGAACGCCAUACUCAACCAACGACCAACACCUCAGCUUCCUCCACCAUCGAAGACCUUUCAACUAGCAUGAACGAAGUCACGCUUACUAGAUCACCCGACCAGAUCCCACCAACUCCUGACCUCACGCCAGACCACUCCCCCAUACCAGCAGAACCAUCUAUGGAUAACUCAGUUGGACACGCAAACACAACUGCCCUCGCUCUCGCUCCAAAUCCUGCGGCUCAAGGCGCCAACCAGUUUCUUCAACUCACACAAGAAGAUACGGAUCCAUAUGCUUCGAAUACCUGGCCAGAUAGAGCAGGAAAUGCUGGUGGCAACAGUGCUCGAGGUGGUGCGGGAAGGGGCAAGACUCGCCGCAAGGUGAGAGGAUAG